AAGCGUUAUAGUGUUGACGUGAUGGCCAGCGAAGGUCUUCCUAAACCUCAAGACCUCGAUGACUUGGAAACACAAUAUGUCUUGGACGGUAAUACCAGGUUUCGUCGACUGGGCUGGAAACGUCUGACUAUCAUUUCAACAGUCGAGGCGAUCGCUCUUGGGAGUUUGAGCUUGCCUUCUGCUUUUGCUACAUUAGGAAUGGUCGCUGGUGUGAUUUUGACGAUUGGUAUCGGUUUGAUUGCCAUGCAUGCAGGCUAUAAUAUCGGACAGGUUAAGCUCAAAUUUCCAAAAGUUGGUCACUAUGCGGAUGUCGGUCAGCUUUUGCUGGGGAAUCUGGGGUCUAAGAUAUUUGUGGGCAGUUUCGUGGCCCUGUUGAUUUUUGUUAUUGGAUCGCACUGCUUGACUGGUGCGAUUGCAUUCCAGACCAUCACUCAGAGCAGUGUGUGUUCGGUGGUGUUUAGUAUUGUGUCGGCUGCGAUUCUGAUGGUGCUUGCUAUUCCGCCAUCGUUCGCGGAGAUUGCCAUCUUGGGCUACAUUGAUUUUGCUUCGAUCAUUAUUGCUAUAGGGGUCACGAUUGUUGCGACGGGAAUUCAACAUUCUGAUGGUUCAGGUGCCUUUGCGGACAGUCCGCCGUGGUCUGCAUGGCCGAUGCCUGGUACUACCUUUUCGGAGGCUAUUGUGGCCACCAACAAUAUUGUCUUUGCAUUUUCCUUCGCUGGCUGUCUGCCAUCCUUUAUGGAGGAUAUGCAUACGCCCGGGGAUUACGUCAAAACGCUAUGGUGGCUGGGAGGUGUCCAAAUUGUGAUCUAUACCCUCACCGGAUCGAUCAUCUAUGCUUUUGUCGGACAAGCGGUACAAUCCCCUGCGUUGCUCUCGGCCGGUCCGGUCAUCUCAAGGGUGGUUUUUGGCAUCGCACUCCCUGUCAUCUUCAUCUCAGGCUCCAUCAACACAACAGUGGUAUGUCGAUACAUUCACGGAAAAGUGUACCAUGACUCUCCUGCCCGCUUUAUCAACACUUCAAAGGGCUGGGUUACUUGGCUUAGCCUUGUGUCUCUUGUGACAGUCCUCGCUUGGGUCAUUGCCGAGGCUAUCCCGAUUUUCUCUGAGCUGUUAUCGAUCAUCUCGGCGUUGUUUGUUUCGGGUCUCUCUUUUUACAUUCCACCGGUCAUGUGGUAUAUGUUGUUGAGGGAGGGCGCAUGGUACGAAAAGCACAACCUGAAGGCUGCGAUGUGUAAUGCCGUGGUGUUCAUCGUCGGUAUGAUUAUUUUUGGAUGUGGUACUUACUCUAGUAUUGCUGAGUUGGUUAAGAAGUUUCAGUCGGGGGCUAUAAGCAAGCCUUUUACGUGCUAGGUAGAUGAUGAUGGAUGUGGCGCUUAUCUUGGAGAUAUUGACUGGGCUUGUUGCUUUACUGUGAUUAACUUGUGGCGGUAGGUGGUCAGAGGUAUAC